AUGUUGUUCCAGUUUCUGGCUCAAGGCCACCCUUCUUAUCUCUAGCCUGGAUGAUUACCGGCGACAACCGGGCCGCUUCGCAGUCACCCUCGUCAGCACUCCUCUGAACGUCCGCAAUCUCCGUCGAAGAGUCCCCGCCGGAGUUUGGUGUCCUCCUCAGGGAGCUCCCCUUCUGCAGCGCCAACCACGGGCUGCCGCCCAACGCCGAGAACACCGACUGCCUGCGCCAUCACCACAUCCUCUGCCUGUGCCGUGCCUCUGAGUCCCUGCGACCCCACUUCGAGCGCCUCCUUCGCGACGCCGGCAACUGGGACGGCGAACCUCCGCUCUGCAUCGUCGCCGAUGUGUUCUUCGCGAGGACGGUGGAGGUGUCAAGGGAGCUCACCAUUUUCCACACCAUCUUCUUCACCUGCGGUGCACUGGGACGGCGACUACUUCUCCCUUUGGUUCCACUUGCCGCACCCGGGGACUGACGGGGACGAGUUCCACGUCCCAGGGUUCCCCGACGGCUUCCGGCUGCUGCGUUCUCAGAUGUCCGGCAACAUGAGACCCGCAGACGGGAAGGACGCGUGCUCCUUCUUCCAAUGGCAGAUUUCCUUAUCUCUAAGGACCUACGCCUGUCUGUGCAACGCGGCAGAGGAUCUGGAGACCACGGGGAUGAGGUUGCUCCGGGAAAUCACCGGCCUCCGCGUGUGGCCUGUGGGGCCGCUCGUCGCCAUGGAAAGGACGAGAGAGCCGAGGAUAGGAGCUGAGACUUGUGCCGAGUGGCUGGGACUCCGUCCUCUCCAUCUCCUUCGGCUCGCAGAACGCGUUGUCUCCGUCGCAGACGACGGCGCUGGAGGAGGAGCUGACGGCGAGCGGCGUGCACUUCAUCUGUGUGAUCCAGUCGCUAUCGGCUUUGAUCUGAGCGAGGGCUCCGACAUGGAGUGGCUGCGGCGAGCUUCAGGGAGCUGAUGAGGGAGAGGAACAAGGGGCUUCUGGUGAGAGGCUGGGCGCUGCAGCUAGAGAUCCUCUCUCACCCCUCCACCGUGUCAGAAACUCGCCGGAGAGACGACGGCAGUUAAGACGUCGCCGGCGAGAUCACCUCACGAGUCACAGGAAAAACAGCAGGAGGAACAAGGAAAACUUUCUCGCUUUUGAAAAACUCUUACAGCCCUCUUUAAAUAAGAAAGAAAGGGGGAAAGGAAUAACCGUAAGAAAUAACUAGCUGGCCAAAACUGGCCAGUACCGUGCGUUAUGCAGGAGAUUCCGCAUUACCAAAUUUCGCAUUACCUCACAAUGUGCUCUGACGUGUAUACGUUAGAGCACUUCUCGCAUAACCGCACUAUGCCGUUAUGCGAACAGGGUGGGGGGGCACGUGCAAGGCUCCCGUUCACAACACACCGGCGCCUUCCUUAGCCACUCCGGGUGGAACUCAUCACUGGAGAGCCUCAGCCAGGGUUCCGGUCAUUGGGCAGCCACUGGCCACCGAGCAAUUCGACAACUCGAAGAUGAUGGAGGAGGAAAUGGGGUGUGCGUGGAACUGGCGAGGGGUUUGGAGGAGGAGGUUGCAGCGGAGGAGGUGGAGAGGGUGUCUGGCUGGUGAUUGGGGUCAGAAAGGAGUUGAGAUGAGGGGAAGGACGGCGGAGCUGUCGAGGACGACGAAGGCGGCGGUGGCGGAGAAGGGCGCCGUGAGGUGUUCUUCACUCAGGGCGUUCGACGAGUUCAUCUACGCCGCUCAGACAGCGCCGCCGGCGGACCAGCUUGCUCGGCAAAGCUCAUUUGAUUAA